AUUCAGGAUAAAGUUUUGUGGUUACGUUUGAAAUGGCAGCAUCAACGGCAAUAGUGAGCGUGGGAGGACCGGCGUUGGGGCGCCACUUCAAGGCGCCAGCCUCCAAAUCGACGGCGGCUCUAUUCUCAAUCAAGAAGCAGCAGGAGGAGCUAGGGUUUAUAGCUUCGCAGUUGAGUGGUAUCAAGAUUUCGUACAACCACUGUCAGAUUCCAACUCCAAUCUCCGCUCCUCUCCGUCCCUCUCUACAACCCAUUGCUCGCAGAGUGUGUCCCUUCACAGGGAAGAAGGCCAACAAGGCAAACAAAGUUUCUCAUUCAAACCACAAGACAAAAAGGUUGCAAUUUGUGAACCUUCAAUACAAAAAGCUUUGGUGGGAAGCUGGGAAGCGUUAUGUGAAACUGCGCCUGUCAACAAAGGCGUUAAAGACAAUAGAAAAGAACGGACUUGAUGCUGUUGCUAAGAAGGCUGGAAUCGAUCUCAGCAAAGAAUAGAAUGAUAAUCACCUUGUUUUUUGCUUGAUAUGUGUGGAUUGAUGUUUGUUGCUUAUGUAUUAAAUGAACUCAUGACUUUCUUUUUCCCAUUAAUUUGUAAGUAAAAUACCUACACAAAUGAUAGUAUUUGUAUGGGAUAUUUCUUGUUCCAAAUUGAAGUUCCUUAAAUCUGUA